UACUGACAUCUGCUGUCCUCGGUCACCCAAACAUUUAGACACAUGCACACAUGAGCUUUUGCAGAAUUUUCAAACUUUCGCGGGAAAAAGCAUCUUAUUGUAGAUUAUCUGAAGACUACACAAGACAGAUUUUCGGACUAAUUUUAUUUAUGAUCGCAAGAGUCGCUCUCCACCAGUCCACGGCCUUGCACCCGGAAGUAGUAGUGAAUAUUUACUCAGCUGACUUCCAUUCACAUGACUACAAUUAGCAAAAGACCAGUGCAGUUUUCGUAUUCGUAUCGCAUCGUAGCUUGUAUAUCUUACUAUAUCAUUAAGAUAUAACCUACAUCGAUGACAGACCGGCUAGCUUAGCAUUUGGGACGUUCAGGACUAGCAGGUGAAUAGCAUCUAGUUGAGCUAGCUGCUAGUUGAGCUAGCUGCUGCAUAGAAGACAUAACUUACCAAGGAGUCAGCAGAGUUGGUACCGAUGGACAAGGUGGCUAAAGAUGUGGGAGAUAUCCAGUCACGACUGUUGGACCACAGACCAAUCAUCAAUGCAGAGGUCCGCUACUUUGUGAGAGAGUUUGAGGAAAAACGUGGACACAGGGAGAGCAGACUGCUGGAGAACCUCAACAAAAUGGUCCUGGAAGCAAAUGAGCAAAUGCUGCCGACAGAGAUAGAGUGCAUGCUGUCUGGUGUUGUUAAACGUUUGGAGGCUGCCAAUCACAUGGCAGAGCAAGUCCAGCAGAGGGAGCUAGAGGCACAGAAGAGCACCCACCUGCAGGGGAACAUAGAGCGUCUGAAGGAUGAAUGGGCAGAGUUUCUGAAGGAGCAGCAGAGAUUAAAAGAGGAGGUGGAUGAGGAGCACGCCAGGGCCGUAGGACAACUCAGCACGCAGUACAGCGAAAAGAAGAAGGACUUGAAGUUUCCCCCCCCCUAAUCAGUAGCAAGGGUGUGAGGGAAUAUCUUCUCUUAUUCAACGCGUUUUGUUAUGGACGAACAAUCCGAACCAAAGUUUAUGGCUGGCAUGAAAUGUAGAGGUCCAGAGGUUUUGCACAAGACUCAACGUUUCCCAAAUCAUAGAAAUAAACAAAGUGGGAUUUCACAGGCCAUCGAACUUACACGUUUCUGUCUUAUACCAGACAGAAUUUUCACAGUAACUCUAAAUAUGAAUAUGUCAUUUUUAAACAAGCAAUCAUUUGGUUGUUCCUUGGCUGUGAAGUUUUCAACAUUUAGUGAUUUUAGUUGAUGCCAGCCUGAAGGUUGCUGAUGAUGAAUUUGCGUCAGGCUCAAGUUGAAAGGAACCUGGAGUCUGGCACCACGGCGAGAUGUUUUCAGCACUGAAAGCCAGAUCCUUAAAUGUUAGAAAAGCUUGUCUGAGCCGGUGUGUUUAAAGCACCAGUCAAGUGUUGUAGAAACAAGCUGAAAUAAAACACUUUCCAGAACAAGUCAUUCCUCACCAGCCCUCUUGUGUUUGGAACAUUUCACCUCUGACAUUAACUUCAAGUAAACCAACUGUCUAUGAAGUAACUUUCAUCAUAAAAGGCCUUUGCUGAAACCAACAAUGAUUGAUCUGCAGCAACUGUUAUUUGUUUGCUUUGCCGUCACAAAUCCAAUAUUUGUAUUUUGUUUAAACAGAAAGAAAAAAAGCUUUAAAUCAUUUUCUGUGCAA